UAACCAACAAAUAACAAUGGCUAGUAAAAUUACAGUAAUGCCCUUUCACACAGUUGCAGUGAGUGUGGGUGUGUUGGUGGUGAUCAUGGCACUGCAUUUGCAGGGUUUAGAAGCACAACAACAGCCAUUGGUGAAGGGGCUUUCUUGGAAAUACUAUGAAAGUAGCUGUCCAAAAUUGGAAUCAAUAAUUAGGAAGCAAAUGGAGAAGGUGAUCAAGAAGGAUGUUGGUCUUGCUGCUGCUCUCUUGAGACUUCAUUUUCAUGAUUGUUUUGUUCAGGGCUGUGAUGGUUCGGUUUUGUUGGAUGGAUCAGCAAGCGGACCAGUUGAUAGCGAGAAAACGGCACCACCAAACCUAAGUUUAAAGGGUUUUGAUGUCAUUGAGGAUCUUCGUCGUAGAGUUCACAAACAAUGUGGUGCGGGUAGUGUCUCGUGUUCUGAUAUUACUGCUAUAGUUGCGCGCGACGCUAUUGUCUUGACCGGCGGUCCAGACUAUAGCGUUCCUCUGGGUCGAAGAGAUGGACUCUCAUUCGCCACAAGAAACGCAACACUUGCCAAUCUUCCAUCACCGUUUGUCGGGACAGACUCGCUACUAACCUCCCUUGCCGCCAAAAACUUUGACGCCACCGAUGCUGUAGCCCUAUCAGGGGCCCACACCAUCGGUGUCGCCCAUUGCCCAUCCUUCACGCGACGACUUUAUCCUACACAAGAUGCGACCAUGGAUAAAACCCUAGCCAACACCCUCAAAGGCGUUUGCCCAACCCAAAACACGAAUGCCACAACUUUCUUGGACCUUCGCUCUCCAAACGUGUUCGAUAACAAGUACUUCGUCGACCUAAUGAACAAACAAGGAAUCCUAACGUCUGACCAAGAUCUUUACACUGACAAACGAACCCGAGAGAUUGUCAAGAGCUUUGCAGUCAACCAAACAUUAUUUUUCGAGAAAUUCGUCAACGUAAUGGUGAAGAUGGGCCAAAUGCAGGUUUUGACCGGCACAAAAGGUGAAAUCCGCAACACUUGCAAUAAGCGAAACUCAAACGAAUUAGUCAUAUCAAACAUUGUCGAGGACCACAACACGGACGGUGUCGAGAACCUCUAAGCUAGUUAGGAACUUAGGAUGUUAUUCUUUCAUGUUUGUGCUAUAAUGUAUGUCAGUAUGUGCACUUUGCUUUGUGUAACUCUGUUGUUGAGCAAUAAAGAUGAAUUCAAAAACAAAAUAUAUAAUCAUAUAUGAGCAAAUUAUUGUAAAUUUGUAAUGCAACUGUCUCAUGCAAAAACAUAAUUACAAAUCUCUCAAAAUUAUAUUCAUAAACCAAAUUAUAAAUAAUAAAUUAUAAAUUAUAAACUCAUGAAUAUCAAGUUCGAAUUUCGAAAAUUUCGAUCAUACUGCAAGUGAAAGAUCUCCAAUUUCAAGCUGUGUAGCAAUUUCUUCCAACUGCUUCUUCACACUCAUAUCAAUCAAUUUAGAUCCAGAAUUUCCAUACCUGAUUGUAAAACCGACAACUAACGACUCGUCAAUAACCGUUUUCACUCGCACAUUCUUCGCUCCGGUGAGUUUCUGCACCUGUUUUGCAAUCUGAGCUAGAUGCUGUUCUUCAAGCUUCACAACCGACGAUACAACAGCAAGUUCAGUUUCAGUUAAUUUGUUGUAAACAAGUUCAAACUCCUUAACAGUCUCCUUAAUCAGAUCUAUCCGUUUACUCUCGAUUAAAGUUGCAGACGUGAAUCUGAAGCUUACCUGACGCGGUGACGUCAUCGAUGAGUGCGCGUUUCUGUUCGAGGCUUACGAUAGGGCUAGUGAAGUAGUUGAAGUUUGUUGAAUCGGAAAACAGUUUAUCGACCAGAUCUAGGUCUUUGACAGUCGCUUCUAGCGUUCCGUUUGCAA